CACCCUCACCCUCUUUCAUACACCCUCGCUCUCUCGCUCGCUCGCUCUCUACACAUCACUUGUCCUUCCCCAUUCCUUCCGUGUCACAAAACCCCCGCCGUUCCCGGACGACUCUGCAGCCGAAUUCGUCUGCCGUGUCACGGGUGACCAGAGUCGCUACACAAAAACCCACAACAUUGUUCCGUUUGCCGGCAUUAACUAGCACGGCUUGCAAGGAGAGCCAGGGCCCACGGGCAAGAGAAGGGGCACUUGCGACAACACCAGACGACGGCGGCGUCUGUGAGAGGAGUGAGUCUUGGUCGGCGUCUACCCAGGCCCGUUAGAUUCGACUGCAUCGUCCGGUUAACGCCGUGGGAUUCCUGCUGCCGCCGCACUAAGCAGCGACUACAGCAGAUCCAGUGCCGCGAGAUCACGCGUCUACGGCUUGCACACAUCUCUCGUGUUUGUAGACGACAUCCUCCGUCUUGAAUACGACGACCACCUGCUUAACUACUACUUUCGCAUAGCAGUCGGGGCAAAGACGACCCACUCGGUCUCCAGGCCUUCACGUACCAAUCUCUUUGCGACACCUCGAAACAUCUCAUUUGUAACGCUUGUACAUAAGAUACAAGCAUACACGUCUUGCUAAAUAAUGGCUUCAUUACUACGGGACUCGCCUUCCACUAGCAGGCAAUCUGCUCUACUUCUCGCCCUCGCUGCGAUUGCCUACGCACAAAACGGAGCUACGCAAGCUACCGGGGACACCUCUACCGACUCGGGCACUACAGCCACCGACGCCGGCACCACAGCUACCAGCGCAACAGGUACUCAGAACACAAACGAUGCCACAUCUGUCUCUGUCUCGGACCUGCCAAACCUCUCAACCGCCGCUUCUGUCGGUGCCGCGUCAACAGUCUCCGUUACCAGCGCCCCAGCUAUUUCCACGAGCAUCUUUCACCUAUCCGGAGUGCCCACGAUUGCAGGUUAUGGUAUCCCCACACAAGUAGUCCCCUGGACAGCAGGCGCUCCGUACAUGCAAACGUCAAAUCUCCCGGAGGGCACGGUUUUCAUCGUAGUUGGCGCGUUCCUAGGCUUUCUGGGCGCGGCUGUGCUAGCCUGGCGCGGUAUGGUUGCUUGGAGUCUGCAUCGCAGCGUCAAGCGUGCGCAGCUGGGAGCGGGCACGUACAGCGACUCCAUGCUCAAGCUCGCAAAGCCUGGUGUCGCAACGAGUACUGCAGCCAUGGGCAGCACACUGUCACUUGAACGCCUUUCUGCUCCAGCAGGCAAGUUGUCUAAAGCGCAUGGUCGCAACACUGGCUCCACUGCUGGGCCACAGGCCAGCUCGACGGCUGCAAGAAAUUCUUCGCUAUUCUUCUCUCCAACAGCGGGAGCCGGCGCACACCAUACCAACCCUGCUGGUCUCAUGUCCCCAUCCAAUCGUUCCUCUAAUUUCCUACCUGCGGGCUACUACGCCCCGCCAACAUCAACCUCUCCAGCUUCGGGAGCAAAGCAUGCUUCUAUUGGUGGCACCGCAGCGCGUCUCUCGACUCUGAACCCAAAUCACCCUGCAAACAGGGGCUAUGCGCAACCUGCAGACUACACGUCCACAGGCGCGCCAUCACCACCAGACUCGCCGGGUCUCGGCCGCCCGAGCACGGGCGGAACGUUGGGUACGCAAGGCACAACCAGAGGCCGGUAUGAUCGGCUGAGCGGUAUGGGUGUGCAGGAGAACUGGAGCAAUUUGAAUGUUCCUGGAGGUGCUCCGUCUGGGCAGCGUGCACCCAGUGCAAACUUGGAGGAUCUAUUCGAGCACCAUGGAAAUGGUAUGAGGGGGUACUAAAGUAGCCCCUUGUGAUUAUCACGCGUGUAAGGAGGCAUGUACAGUGCUGUUUUUUUUUUCUUCUCUACAAAUGCGAAUUUUUGCGCCAGCAUUGUGAGUUUGAUGGGGAUUCUGCUAGCGUAUGCUGCCUCGCGGCAUCUGGAGGCUGGAAAUUUCACAUAUUUAGGAAUGGCGAUAAAAGGGGAAAGGCAAGACAUGUAAUACUUGCUAGUAAGGCCUAGAUCGGGCCAAAGGCCGCACGUUGUGCUGGAGCUAUGUGGCCGUUCCUGUGAUGUCUGUACAGACAAAAGCGAUUAGGGCGCGGAUCCAUAAUCAUCAUUACUACUAUUAGAUUAAUGAACAUGCUUCAAUUGCUACUUCUGUCAA